AGAAAGAAAGCUGCCAGCCGGGUACAAAGCGAGUUUAGUGGGGUCAGCGGUGCGCUGCAAUCUCUCGGCAUUAUCUUCUUGAUGUUAAAAUAGGUUUCUCCCCAGAAAAUAGUGUGUGGGAGGGGAGAAUUUUUUUGGACCGCCCAUUUUUCAAGCUAUCCUCUCACUCUAUCCCUCCCUCUCUCUCCACAACCCUUUGCGUUGAAGUGUGUCACGGAGGCAAUUGUUGCUGGAGGAUUUUUAACGAGGGAAACAUACUCACACACAUACACGCACACACCCAGACACACACACACAUACACACGCAACAGAGAUGUAUCGCCUCUCCUGCUUCCCGUGAACACAUUCCAGCAUACAUCCAGGGGAGAGGGAAGGGGAGAAGGCGAGAGAGCGAGAGAGAGAGAGAGAGAGAGAGAGAGAGAGAGAGAGAGAGAGAGAGAAUCCCGUGCAGUUGUUAAUGAGAGGCUGGCGACUCUUUAUACAUCCAACUGUAAGCGACAAACUGACCUGAUCGCUCUCUAAGGUUGUAAAGUUACAGCACCCUGGCCUGUGGAGAGGAAAUGAAGCACAGUGUCGUAUCUCAAUGAAGGAACUUUGGCAGUGAGUCUCCUGCUCUGGGCAGAAAUAAGGCUGUUCAGCUGCUGUUGGAAGCCUGUGCCCGAUCUGACAAGCCAAAAGUACCGCAACGAGAUGGGGAGAGACUUCUACCUGCAUCUUCUCCUGGCAUGUUUGAGCAUUGCCCAAUGGAGUCACUUCGCCCUUGCAAGAAAUUCCACGGGCUCUCAGAUGCCUGGUCAAUCUCGACGUGGGAUGGGUGUCAAAGGCCAAGUGCUUAACCGAUCCAAGCGAGGCUGGGUGUGGAAUCAAUUCUUUGUGAUAGAAGAGUACACAGGCCCAGAUCCUGUGCUUGUGGGCAGGCUCCACACUGACCUGGACAGCGGAGGAGGGAAAAUCAGGUAUAUCCUCUCUGGUGAAGGAGCGGGGACCAUCUUCGUCAUUGAUGAGAAAACAGGGAACAUCCACGCAACUAAAACACUGGAUCGAGAAGAACGUGCUCAGUACACCCUGAUGGCACAAGCUGUGGACAGGAUAACAAACAAACCCCUAGAGCCUCCCUCUGAGUUCAUUGUUAAAGUCCAGGACAUUAAUGACAAUCCUCCUGAAUUCCUGAAUGGGCCUCAUCACGCAACUGUGCCGGAGAUGUCCAAUGUAGGUACCUCUGUGAUUCAAGUCACAGCCACAGAUGCGGAUGAUCCGUCCUACGGCAACAGUGCCAGGCUGGUCUACAGCAUUCUGGAGGGUCAACCGUACUUCUCAGUCGAGCCUCAGACAGGUAUAAUAAGAACGGCUCUUCCAAAUAUGGACCGAGAGGCACGGGAGGAAUACCUCGUGGUGAUCCAGGCAAAGGACAUGGGAGGCCACAUGGGAGGUCUCUCCGGAACCACGAAGGUGACGAUAACCCUCACUGAUGUCAACGACAAUCCUCCAAAGUUCCCUCAAAGUGUGUACCAGAUGUCAGUCUCAGAGGCGGCCAAGGUAGGGACAGUAGUGGGACAGCUCAAAGCCAAAGACCCAGACAUUGGUGACAAUGGCAUGGUGUCCUACAGCAUCAUUGAUGGGGACGGAAGGGACUUCUUCGAAAUCACAACUGACUCACAGACUCAGGAGGGAAUCAUCAAGCUGAAAAAGCAGGGCUUGGAUUUUGAAGCCAAGAAGUCCUACUCGCUGAAGGUGGAGGCAGCCAAUGCGUUCUUCGACUCACGCUUCGUCAGCAGGGGUCCGUUCAAGGAUACAACCACGGUCAAGAUCUCCGUGGAGGAUGCUGAUGAGCCUCCAGUAUUCUCCCAGCCGGACUACGUCAUGGAGGUUAACGAAAGUGCCCCGGCUGGAACACCGGUGGGGCAGGUGCACGCUGUGGACCACGACCUGGGCCGCAGUCCCAUCAGAUACACCAUUGAGCCGCAGUCGAACAUGGAUCGAUUCUUCACCAUCAAUCCUCAAAGUGGAGUCAUAAAAACCACAGAGCCACUGGACAGGGAGCAGUCAGCCUGGCAAAACAUAUCUGUGAUUGCAACAGAAGUCAACAACCAUGUUCACAAAUCGCGUGCUCAGGUAGCCGUCAGAAUCCGCGACAUCAACGACAACGCACCGGAACUCGCAGAACCGUAUGAGGUGGAUAUGUGUGAAAAUGCAAAUUCAGGAAAGCUCAUUCGCACAAUUAAGAGCAUAGACAGAGAUGAAAAUGCCAAUGGACCAAAGUUCUACUUUAGCAUGGCACAAAAUCAAAAUUUUACAAUAACACCGAGUGGCGCAAACACGGCCGAUAUAAAGGUGCGAAAGGGCGCUAUGAGCAGACGGAAACAAGAGGUCUACCUGUUGCCAGUGGUAAUCUCGGAUGGAGGCGCGCCCCCCCUGAGCAGCACCAACACCCUCACCAUCCGCGUGUGCAGCUGCAGCGCAGACGGCAGCGUGCAGUCGUGCAACGCAGAGCCCUUGACGCUGCCGGCAGGUCUCAGCACUGGUGCCUUGAUCGCAAUACUUACUUGCAUCAUUAUACUACUCAUGAUCGUGGUCUUGUUUGUGACACUGAGGCACCAGAAGAAGGAGCCCCUGAUCGUCUUCGAGGAGGAGGAUGUGAGAGAGAACAUCAUCAGCUACGAUGAUGAGGGGGGAGGUGAGGAAGACACGGAAGCCUUCGACAUCGCAACUCUGCAGAACCCCGAUGGCCUCAACGGCUUCCUGCCACGCAAAGACAUCAAGCCUGAGCUGCAGUACGUCCCCCGGCAGGGCUUCUGCGCCGCCCCCAACAGCGUGGACGUUGACGACUUCAUCAAGGUCAGGCUACAGGAAGCCGAUGGCGACCCCACUGCCCCGCCCUACGACUCCAUCCAGAUCUAUGGUUAUGAGGGGAGGGGAUCAGUGGCGGGCUCCCUCAGCUCUCUGGAAUCGGCCAGCACGGAAUCCGACCUGAACUACGAUUACCUCAACAGCUGGGGACCCCGGUUUAAACGGCUGGCAGACCUGUACGGAUCUAAAGACGUCUCGGAUGAUUCUUAACGAUUAGUGUUAUUAGACUGGCCUUAAAGUUCAACAUUAAAGAUGAAGCAACUUUGGAGAGCCGGAACGCUGAGCUAGAACUUUGCUGGAAUCGGGCAGAUAUACAUUCUUUUUAUUUUCUUUCCUUUCUUAUUUUUAAUAUAUAUAUAUUAUAUAUAUAUAUGCUCAAUUGUAUUGAGCAGAGGAACUGACACUUCCAUCCUUUAAAUGUUGGACGUUUUAUGUUUCAAAGAUGGAUACUGUGAAAAUGGCCUCGCCCAACCCCAAAAUCAUUUCCAUGGUUCACUUGUCCUCCUCUCCGCCACUCAGCCUCACUCAAAGUUCCCACUGUUGGCAGGCACAGAACCGAAAUGAUUGAGUCAGCUUCCCUGAGAUCAUUUCAACCACUUCUGGGCAAAAAGUGACCGAAGCUUUAAAGAGUUCCAGUAACAUCCUGAGGUCAGUUAUUGUGGGGGAAGAGGAUAAACGCCACUUCUACUGAGCUUUCAGACUCAACCAGGAGCAGAAGGUGCCAUUAGCAGCAAAGAUAACACAGCCAGAAUUUUGAGCCUUAAGUCAGUCACAGAAUUGAACUUUUUACAUUCAUGGCAGUAUUCCUCAUGGUACGUCUUACAGUGACAUUAAAAUCUUUGACGGGCCCCAAGGUAAUCCGUCUUUGCAAAAAUGAAAGAAAAAGACCUUAUUCCUGUUUAAAUCUUGUAAACUUUUUUUUUUGGCUUUAAGUAUUGUGUUUAAUAUGUGUCGGGCACAGAAUCUGUUCCCAUCACAGUGACAAAUGCCUGAUGUCUAUGUCAUUUCUAUGUGUCGAUUUGUACAAUCUUAAAAGUUCUUAUUUUAGUAAAAAAAAACCAUGAAUCUCAAUAAUACGAAUCGCAACAAAAUGUUAAGGCAUCAUUAUUCUAUUUUAUGGACAUUGUAUUUCUGCUUUCCUAUCGUGCUUCAGCCACAGAAGCCGGACUUUACAAUAAAAUGAUUUUUCUACAA